AUUCUGGACACAACAGCUCUGAGAUCUUCAAGCUCUACAGAACUUCUACAGACUCUUUCUGUCAUUUUGAAGAAACAUCUUGAAGAAUGAGAAGCCUGAUGUGUUUGCUGUUCCUGGUGAUCUUCUGCUCUGUGCAGAUGACUUCAAGCGCUAACCUGGCAAUUGCAGUGGCAAACUCAAAGUGUUGUGAAGGGUUCAGUAAAGUGAAGAUUCCUGUGAAUAAAGUCGUGUCUUACUGUUGGACCAGCAGCAUCUGUCCCAUACGCGCUAUUGUGUUUCAGACAAUUGCAGGGAAAGAGUUCUGUAUUGAUCCAGAGACCCCCUGGGUGAAGAGUCAUAUUGAAACAGUGGACAAAAGAACAAUGACUACAGAAUCUAAUGCUAAAUCAACAACAAAUGCUACACAAACAUCUGCUACAGAAUCUACUUCUGCUGCAUUGAGAACUGCUACUACAGCAAAGACUCAGAGCUGUACAGUCUAAACGAAGCUACACUGUUUCUAUUUGAUCUCUGCAUUUCAUACUGUAUGUACAACCAUAUUUCUGAUGUGUAUAUUAAUAUAUAUUCUCCAAAUAAUGUAUGCAAAUA